AUGGCACACUCCUUCCCUACUCCUGUCCUGCUCCGCUGGCCCUCAGAGACCUCUGGCCACAGCUCAGGCUCUUCGGCCAGGCCUCCUCCGUCCUCCUUGGCCUCACGUUUCUCCAUCUGGUCCACCUCUGCCAUUGCCCUUCGGGUCCCUCUGGUGUCACAGCCGGAAACCUUGGAAGAUCUGGACAAGAACAAAGAUGGCUACGUCCAAGUGGAGGAGUACAUUGGUGAGUUGAACCUGAUCCCCUCCCUGAGGACGCUUGUCUUCUCCCGAACAGCCCGGCGCAUAGUGGACCGCAUGGACCGCGCAGGGGAUGGGGACGGCUGGGUGUCGCUGGCCGAGCUCCGCGCUUGGAUCGCACACACGCAGCAGCGGCACAUACGGGACUCGGUGAGCGCGGCCUGGAACACGUACGACACGGACCGCGACGGGCGUGUGGGUUGGGAGGAACUGCGCAACGCCACCUAUGGCCACUACGAGCCCGGUGAAGAGUUUCAUGACGUAGAGGACGCCGAAACCUACAAGAAGAUGAUGGCUCGUGAUGAGCGGCGUUUCCGGGUGGCGGACCAGGACGGGGACUCAAUGGCCACUCGUGAGGAGCUGACUGCCUUCCUGCACCCCGAGGAAUUCCCUCACAUGCGGGACAUCGUGAUUGCUGUGAACCCAGGCUUUUGA